AUGUCUUCUCACUUCUCUCUCAUCUUCGUUUUCCUUUUCUCAUUCGUCACUAGCACCAGAGCUUCUGCUGAAAUUCCUUAUUUCCUAGAUCGGCAUUGUCCAAUUACGACAACUACUUACUCAGGGGACAGCACUUUCUUUACCAAUCUCAAAACCCUUUUUUCCUCUCUCUCUUCCCGUAACACCUCUUACUCCACCGGAUUCCAAAGCGCCACAGUGGGACAAGCCCCCAACAAGGUCAGUGGACUUUUCCUCUGCCGCGGAGACCUCUCGCCGGAAGUUUGCCAUCACUUAGCUGUCUUUGCCAUCAACGACACCAUCUUUAAACGGCGGUGUCCGGAUACGAGUGAAGCCACGUUUUAUUACGAGGAAUGCAUGCUAAGAUACUCUCACAAGAAUAUCUUAUCGACCCUUAUAUACGAUGGAGUAUAUAUCCUGAAUAACCCCAAAAAUAUAUCUUAUAAUCAAAAUCAACUACACCGGUUCAGAGUUCUUUUGUCUUCCAGGAUGAACCAAGCUGCCAUUGAAGCAGCAGACAGUUCUAGAAAAUUAAAUAUAUUUGAGACGGAAUUGAACCCAGUCCAGACUUUGUACGGCAUACUUCAGUGCACUCCGGAUCUUACAAGACAAGACUGCUUGAGCUGUUUGCAAAGUUGCAACAAUAGAUUGCCUCUUUACAGCAGUGGAGGAAGAUAUAUGUAUCCUAGUUGUAAUGCAAGGUACGAGCUUUACCCGUUUUUCAACGAAAGCGCCAUUGCAACACUGCCACCGGCUUCAGCUCCUUCUCGAUCACCACCGUCGAUUUUAACUCCCUCACCUCGACCUGAAGAAGCCAGAAAGUCCUUUGUCACAAUCAUCGCUGUUGUAGUUCCAAUCUCCGUCCUGUUUCUUCUUUUCGUAGUUGUUUUUAGUUUCCGGCCCAAGAGAAAAAGGACGAUUCAUGAGACAGAACCACUAGCUGGAGAUGGAGAUGAUAUUAAGACUGCAGGCUCCCUUCAGUUGGAUUUUAGGGCAAUUGAGGCAGCAACAGAUAAGUUUUCGGAAAGUAACAAACUUGGUCAAGGUGGAUUCGGUCAAGUCUACAAGGGUACAUUUCCUAACAGAGUACAAGUUGCUGUGAAAAGGUUAUCAAAGACAUCAGGACAAGGUGAAAGAGAGUUCGAAAACGAAGUUAUUGUUGUGGCUAAGCUUCAACAUCGCAAUUUGGUCAAGCUUCUCGGAUUUUGUUUGGAAGGAGAGGAAAAGAUACUUGUAUAUGAGUUUGUGGCAAACAAAAGCCUCGAUUAUUUUCUCUUUGACUCUAAGAUGCAGAGCAAGCUUGAUUGGGCAAGAAGGCACAAGAUCAUUGGAGGAGUUGCAAGAGGAAUUCUUUAUCUUCACCAAGAUUCACGACUCACAAUUAUACACCGUGACCUCAAAGCGGGCAACAUCCUCUUGGACGUUGAUAUGAACCCGAAAGUUGCAGAUUUUGGAAUGGCGAGAAUUUUUGGGAUGGACCAAACGGAAGCCAAUACAAAAAGAGUAGUUGGAACUUAUGGUUACAUGUCUCCCGAAUAUGCGAUGUACGGCCACUUCUCCAUGAAAUCAGAUGUGUAUAGUUUUGGGGUCUUAGUUCUUGAGAUUAUAAGUGGCAUGAAGAACAGUAGCCUAUAUCAGAUGGAUGGUAGUAUCAGUAACUUGGUUACAUAUACUUGGAGAUUAUGGAGUAAUGGGUCGCCAUUAGAGCUUGUGGAUCCAUCCUUUGGAGAUAACUAUCAAAAAAAUGUAAUUACUAGGUGCAUCCAUAUCGCUUUACUCUGUGUUCAAGAAAAUGUUGAAGAUCGUCCAACUAUGUCAGCAAUCCUCCAAAUGCUCACUACUAGCUCGAUUUCUCUCGAUGUGCCUAAACAACCUGGAUUUUACUUUCGAGGUACGGAUGAACAAAAAGGAGAAGUUGGUACAUCUAUGGAUGCUAUAUGUUCAGUCGAUGAUGCUUCCAUUACUAGUGUUGCUCCUCGUUGAAUACUAUUCACUAAAAGUUGUAAUAUAUGACUCUAGA